ACAAAUUAUUGCUAAAAAAAUGGCUGAAACUGGUGACCUUGACCGGCAGAUUGAGCAGCUUAAAAGAUGUGAAAUUAUAAAAGAAAGUGAGGUGAAAGCACUGUGUGCGAAAGCGAGAGAAAUCCUGGUGGAGGAAAGUAAUGUUCAAAGGGUGGAUUCUCCUGUCAUUGUUUGUGGUGACAUCCAUGGUCAGUUUUACGACCUGACGGAAUUAUUUAAAGUUGGAGGUGACAUGCCAGAUACUAACUACCUUUUCCUUGGUGACUUUGUGGACAGGGGGUUCUACAGUGUGGAAACUUUCCUAUUACUCCUAGCACUCAAGGUGCGAUAUCCUGAUCGGAUUGUUCUAAUUCGUGGAAAUCAUGAAAGUCGACAAAUUACUCAGGUGUAUGGUUUCUAUGAUGAGUGCCUUCGUAAAUAUGGCUCGAUCACUGUGUGGCGCUAUUGCACUGAGAUCUUUGAUUACUUGAGUCUCUCGGCAAUCAUUGAUGGAAAAAUUUUCUGUGUUCAUGGUGGUCUAUCCCCAUCAAUUCAAACCCUAGACCAGAUCCGAACCAUAGAUCGUAAACAAGAGGUUCCCCAUGACGGGCCAAUGUGCGAUCUGCUGUGGUCAGAUCCUGAAGACACGAACGGGUGGGGUGUGAGUCCCCGUGGCGCGGGUUAUUUAUUCGGAUCUGACGUCGUUUCAAAUUUCAACCAUUCUAAUGACAUUGACAUGAUAUGUCGUGCCCACCAACUGGUAAUGGAGGGAUUUAAAUGGCAUUUCAAUGAAACAGUUCUCACAGUGUGGUCAGCACCUAACUACUGCUACAGGUGUGGAAAUGUGGCAGCAAUUUUCGCCCUAGACGAACAUUUAAAACGGGAAUUCAUUAUUUUUGAGGCAGCACCACAAGAGACCAGAGGCUUGCCUGUCAAAAAACCAUUGCCAGAUUACUUUUUGUAGCAUUAGAAACUUCAUUACUGAAAAAACUAUUAAAACUGCGCAACACUGCAAACGUAGGUUAAUACUAUUCCUACACCAGCAGUUAAGCAGUGUUGCGAGAUUAAAUAUUCACAAGGAUUUUACUAUGGCCGAUGUCCAUUGAUGUCAAAUCUUUUGCAACACUUUUUUCAAUUUUCUAACGUCAAACGCAGCUAGUAUUAAUUGUUUACCAGAUUAUAUAAACUUUCGUUAAAUUUUUUCCUGUUUAAAUCUUAGUGCUGCCACUCAGAAAUAAUACCUAUUUCCGGCAACACUGUAAGAAAUAUCAUUCCAUAAAAAAUAGUAGUUAAAAUUUACCAUCAAGUUUUGAAAUGGCCACUUCUUUCACUGUGCCCAAUAUUAAAAACCUCCAACAUUUUUGUCAGUUUUUGCUAAAAACAACCCUUAAUAAAUAAUAAGUUUUAAUUCACACACACUUUUCAAACCGAUUUUCAUGCAUUUUCAUUCAUACCAGUACCGUGUAGUCUAUACACAUACUAAACUUCAUUUUUUGCUUUUUACACCUAUUUUCUUGAAUACUUUCAAAGUGUAAGAUUAUUUAACGUUUCUGCUUUCAUUUAUUAACACCGAAAGUGCGUCUUUCUGACAAUAAUAGCCCGAUUUUAGAUAAUUUUUUAACAGACUUUGUACCUCUAGUCUAGUCCACAAUAAAUGUUGUCUUUUGUGUAACUGUUAAAAAUAAAUUUUUAUGAGAUGUCGA